AUGUUAUUUGCGCUCAACAUCAGUGCCUUUGUUGCCUUUACCUUAGUGUCCCUUUCGGCAGCUGCCCCAGCGAAUACAACUGAUAUUGCACAAGCCCAAGAUAGCUGUGCGGCCUGGAGUAGACUUGCUACGGGCGCGGGUAGCGAAGAGCUCGACGAGGACUUGGGUGGAGAUGGUGUGGAAGAGAACGGGGAGGAAGAAGAGGGGGCAGAAGGAGAUAGCGCUGCGUUGGCUUUAGACCAACUAACUAACGGUGCAGCAGCUAGGAGAUGCUACGUGCGAAGUCGCUACCCUGAGCGCUGGAGAUGCUGCCAUCCAAGCCAAUGCCCUCCCAAGUACCAGUGUACAGUUAACCACAGGGGAAAUUGUGUCUUCAAGUAUCCCAAGAGAAAGAGGCCCUUUGGUUGCGAUCAGUGUUGGUGCAGGAACUCAAGCUAG